CUUCUCUUCCUCACACAGGACCAUGCGACAGUGUCAUCCGUCCCGGCCAUCAGUUUCCUUGUUUCCUUGCUAGCAAAGUCUACCUCAAUAGGUGCAUGGGAUUUCGGCGCGUCUCUAAGUGUAGUAGACAGAAUGAAGCGAACGGCCUGGUACUCGCAGGUUGAGUCAAAUAUUAGGGACUUCCAGACAUAUUUGUUCUAUUCUUUGGAUGACAACAACUUCUGGAAACUCAAAAUUCCCAUCAUGCUUCCAAUUCUGCAGCACUACUAUGUCCCUGCACGUAUAUGCGAGAUACAUCGACCAUGCUCCUUCGGGAAACAACCAAAGAAAGAUGACCCUAAAAACGAGUACUAUGUGCUUACUUUUGAACAGGACAAUGGAAAAUUCUCUUCAGUAUCUCUUGCCACUCUUUAUGCGAAGUUACUGGAUGUGCAGGAGUUUUUCUUUGGUGAGCAGUCCAUGACUCUCAAUGUUCACAUAGCUUCGCACGUUCUCCUGUUGCUUAAUUCGCUUUUCCCAGAUCAAUUCAUGCGAAGUAUUCUCAGGCCAAUAUGA